GGAAUAAAAAAGAGCCCCAGAUCUUUACAUACAUUAGUGUAAUACAUAUUGGCCAUUAGUGCACAAUUUCAUUUUGAUCCUGCAAAUCCUGCAGAUAUACAUUUGGAGAGUCUUAAUGAAGUGAACAUAGGCAGACAAGGUUCUUAGGAUAAAUGUGAUAUCUUUUAUUAGACCAACUAAAUAGCUGGAAAAAUUGAAGUGAAUGCAGUUACUCACAUGUGUAAGUAAGUGCUUGACCAGGGUGGCCAUGAUCCCUUGAUCUUUUGUAUGCAUUAUUUACCACUAUUUCUUUCCUUUGAUUUUUUUUUAAAGGGAUGGUCUUUCCCUAUGUGUAUGUAGCAAACCAUAGACACUUUGCUGACUCUUUCUCUUUAAAAACAAAUCUCAGUGACCUUCCUUAGCAACCUUGUUGCUAAGAUGGGUGUAUUUGUUAUGGCAGACUGUUGAUUGCAACUCCUGAAAUGCUGCCUAAGAAAACCCAGGUAUGACCCAAAUAUUUCCUUUUUAAAGCUUUUAAAGUAUCUCCACAUUCUCCAUUUUUAUUAGAGACAAGUUUAAGAUGCAGAAAUCCUCAAAACAACUUUUAUAACAACUUUUAUAAAGAUUCUCAAGGUAAUUUAUUUUUAAAAGUGAAGUUAGUAAACUGCAGAAAUGUCUAUUUUCAGUUGUAAGUCAUCUGGAGACAGGCAACUCCCUGUGAUACUGAAUAAUUUUAAAUCUCUUGUAUUCUAGUGUAAAGCAUGGAAUUCAAUUAUUUAUUAUAUUUUUAAAAUGUUUCUUAUGGCACUUAGUUUCCAGAAAUAUUAGAAAAGCAUUAAAAUGAUUCAAAGGCCUUGUCCUUUUCAUGUACAUACAAGACUAUUCUAAUGUUUUAAAAGUGAAAUCUGCUAAGUAUUAAAAUGCUAUAAUUUACUGAAGUAUAAUAUUUAUAUUGCCCUGGGAUAUUAGUGCUGCAAACAGGCAGAUGUUUCAGUUUUACGCAAUGACAUUAUACUUAGCCAUUCUGUGCAGUACUGGAGUGGGAAUGAACUUGUGAGCUGGUAUGAUUGCACUGAUCUGGGCUGCCUAACUAGCAUGGGGCAUAGCUGAUACUGCUGUAGGAAUACAAGCCAUACUUUGGGCUAGUUUGGCCCCCAACACUAGUUAGGAAAGCCUUUGAAUUUACUACCUAAAUCUCGUUUGGUGUUUUUAGCAGCGGAGUGACAUUUUCUGGUCACAUUUUCUUAACCCUAAUACAUUUGUAACCUGCUCCUAUGCAGGAAGCAGGGAUGACAGUACAGACUGUCAGUGGCAUCACUCCUAUUAAGAAUUAUCACACAUUAUGCCUUAGUUUGAAGAUUAUGCGAAUUACAAAAACAGGAAAAAAUCCAGUUUUCAAAACUGCAAAACUGCUUUGAAGUGUUAAAUAAUUAUAUUUUAAGACAUCAUAAGUCUAAAGGUUAUAUAUAUAUGGUGCAGAGGUAUGCCUCAUGUGGAGUGUGUUGGAUCAGUGUGUAAGUAUUUAAUCUGUAUAUUGGCCCGCCAGUAAUUUCUGUUAUUUGUGACAGCCAAGUACCAUGUAUCACAAACAUGAAUCUCAGUGAAGAAUCUCAGAUGAUGGUUAUGGAGGAGCGCGGAGCUGAGGCGGAGGCGGAGGCGGGCGGGCUGCAGGCGGCGCUGGAGGCCCGGAGGCGGAAGAACCCGCUGACGGAGCCGGCGCGUCUCGUCACGCCACCAGAGGCGGAGGCGGCAGAGGGUGGCACAGCUGGCAUGGCGGCGGGCCGGCCAUCGCGCAGCUUGCCUCCUGUUCCUUCUUCAUCAAGAACAAGCUUUGCUGAAUUUUCCAUUAGGGAACGAAUGAGAGAGAAAUUAAAAGCUGCAAGGUCUAAAGCAGAAAGUGCUUUGUUGCAAGAAGUCCCCAGUCUCCCACCACGACGUAUAAAAAGCCUCAGAGAGAGGGAAUCAGAAACCGUAUUGCACGAAGAGUCAUAUAAAGAUGAGCCAAGGGAGAUACAAGAAGACAAACCCCAAAUACCUUCAAGAUUAAAGUUUCAUGAUUCUGUCAAAAAACUCAAGCAAAAGCCGCAUGUCCAGAGUGAUUUUCCUUCUGCAGAGGAAGCAUAUAAUUUUUUUACAUUCAAUUUUGAUCCUGAACCAGAGAAUAUAAAGGAUGAGACCAAGAGCAAGAAAGAGAGAGAAUCCAAUCAGGAGGAAGAGGUAGAAGAACAAGUUUCUGAAAUAAGCCAUCAGGAGGAACAAGAUGAUGAUGAAAUGGAUGAAGAGGAUCACCUUGUUAAAGAAGAUGAGUUAUUCCUAAUAGAACAGACAGUCAGUGAUUUUUUGGUAGUAAAACCUGCAGGUUAUGAAAGCUAUUCUGAGCGACUGAAGAAGGAAAGAGACAUUCUCUUCAUUCCCAGCAUGAGAACAGUGCCUACUUCUCAGAAGGUGCCUACAAACAUGCAGCCAAGGUACCUUGAGGAUGAGGGUCUUUAUACAGGAGAAAGGCCCACUGUGUCAUUCUCUAAUCAAAACAUCUUGGAAAAUAGAAUAAUCAGACAGGAGCAGGGGAAAGCAUGGUUUGGAGAUGAUGGCAAUAUCUUGGCAUUGCCUAAUCCGAUUAAGCCAUCUCCCACAAGGCCUCCAAUAUUCUCAUUGGAAGAAGGAAUAAAGCCAGAACUGGAAACAGUAUAUAGAAAGGCAAUAAAACUGAUGCCUGCCAACCAAUAUAUUGUUGGCUCUGGGGAUCCUCAUGGCCAGUUUCAAAUGGACAUAGAUAUUUCUGGGUUAAUAUUCACCCAUCAUCCUUGUUUUAGUCGUGAGCAUGUUCUGGCAGCCAAACUGGCUCAGUUAUAUGAUCAAUAUCUAGCAAGAAAACAGCAAAAUCUUGCCCAGCUUCUUACAGAUAAGCUACAUGCUCUGAGGAAUGCUGUGGGAUGUAAUGUGGACAUCAGUAGAACCAAUAUACCUAACCCUGUUGCACACCAGAGUAUAACUGACUAUAAAUUUGAAAUCAGGCAAACUCGACGACUUCGAGAUGCCGAACAAGAAAAAGAUCGAAUGUUGCUCAAGACUGUCAUAAAAGUUUGGAAAGAAAUAAAAUCCCUGCGUGACUUUCAGAAGUUUACUAAUACACCCAUGAAACUAUAUUUGCGAAAGGAAGAGGUUGAUCGAAGAUCAGAUGAAAAAGCAUUUGAAGAAGAAAUUCAAGCUGAAAUAAAUGAACUAUUGGAAGAAUAUAUAGAAGAAUAUGGAAAAAAAAUGGAAGAAUACAAAGCUGAGUUACAAGAGUGGAAAUCCUGGAGGAAGGCAAAGAAAACCAAGAAAAACAAGAAAAAACAUUAUCAAGAUGAAGAAGAAGUAGGAAUGGCAGAGGACUCUGAGCUUGGUGAGGAGCCCAUAAAACCUGUGCCUCCUAAACCGGUUGACAAGGUGGAUGUCGAACAGCAAGUUAGAGAAAAAGCUGUCACCAUCAGGAGGAAACCUGGAGAACCUCUCUUGAUCCCUGAGUUGAGCCUGACAGGAAAUGUAACCCCAAAUGAGCUGUGUCCUCGGGCAGAAGUUUCACGACGAGAAGAUGUAAAGAAACGUUCAGUAUUUAUAAAAGUCCUUUUCAACACUAAAGAAGUCUCGAGGACUGUCACCCGGCAAAUAAGCUCAGACUUCAGAGUACACUUUGGACAGAUUUUCAAUUUACAGAUAUUCAAUUUGCCAGAGAGUUUGAAGCUUCAGAUAUAUGAAACAGUAGGGCUCAGCAGCCCUAACGUGGUAGCAGAAGUGUUUGUACCCAUUCCUGAGACUACAGUUCUUACUGGUAGAGCUCCUGUAGAAGAAAUCGAGUUUAGCAGCAACCAGCGUGUGACGUUGGACCAUGAAGGAGUCGGGAGUGGUGUGCCAUUCUCAUUUGAAGCUGAUGGUAGUAAUAAAAUUACUCUAAUGACCUCUGGCAAAGUGUCCAAUAGCAUUUCCUGGGCUGUUGGAGAAAAUGGCAUACCUUUAAUUCCUCCAGUAUCUCAGCAGAAUGCAGGAAUUCCAAGUGCUCUGAAAAAUAUUGAUGCCAUUGCAUCUAUUGGUGCAUCAGGUUUAACUGACAUGAAGAAACUAGCUAAAUGGGCAGCAGAAGCAAAGCUUGAUCCAAAUGACCCAAGCAAUGCAGCUUUGAUGCAGCUGAUUAUGGUUGCCACUAGUGGAGAUACAUAUGUUCCUGAUUUCUUCAGACUGGAGCAGUUGCAGCAAGAAUUUAAUUUUGUUUCAGAUGAGGAACUUAAUAGGUCAAAACGAUUUCGACUUCUGCAGCUCAGAAACAAAGAGGUGGCAGAGUUCCGAAACUACAAGCAGGUGCCUUUAAAUGACAGAGAAAUCAAUGAAAAAAUCUUCCAGGAUUAUGAAAGAAGGCUGCGUGAGAGGGAUAUAAUUGACAGCAAGGAUCACCUAGAUGCACACAGAGCCUUUGUUGCCAAAUAUCUCCAAAAGGUUAGAGAAUCAGUGAUAAACCGGUUUCUGAUAGCAAAACACCAUUUACUUCUUUCUGACCUGGUAAAUGAAGAGGAAGCUCCUAGCCUGGGUUUUUUAGGGCUCAGUCUCUUUAAAUUGGCAGAGCCAAAACGACCACUAAAGCCUAGAAGAAGAGAGAGGAAGAAAGUUACAGCACAGAAUCUAUCAGAUGGAGAUGUAAAACUUCUGGUGAAUGUCAUUAGAGCUUAUGACAUUCCAGUGAGAAAACCAGUUAUGAGCAAACUUCAACAGCCAUCCAGAUCUUCAAGAUCCUUUAAUGAGAUGUUUGCAGCCGCUCCAUCACCUCAGAGCCCAACCCAUAGUAUAGAUUGGGCAUUUAACCAGGUGUUAGUCCGUCCUUUUGUAGAAGUUUCUUUUCAGCGAACAGUCUGCCGGACCACAGCAGCAGAGGGACCAAACCCCAACUGGAAUGAAGAGCUGGAACUUCCAUUUAGAGCUCCCAAUGGUGACUACAAUACUACCAGUUUACAAUCAGUGAAGGACGAAGUGUUUAUUAAUGUUUUUGAUGAAGUACUCUAUGAUAUCUUGGAGGAUGACCGUGAAAGAGAAAGUGGAAUCCAUACUCGUGUUGAGAGACACUGGCUGGGAUCUGUUAGGAUUCCAUUUACUACCAUAUACUUUCAAGCAAGGAUUGAUGGUACGUUUAAGAUAGACAUUCCUCCAGUCCUUCUUGGCUACAUUAAAGAAAAGAAUCUAGGAAAUGAAAGAGGUUAUGAUUCUGUCCGAAGUCUCAGUGAGGGUUCCUAUAUAACACUGUUUGUUACUGUUGAACCACAGCUUAUUCCUGGAGAACCAAUUCGAGAGAAGUUUGAUUCCCAGGAAGAUGAGAAAUUGCUCCGAGCAGCAGAAAAGUAUCAAGCUGAGUGUGCACUGAAAUUUCCAAGUCGCCGGUGCCUGACAACUGUUAUUGACAUCAAUGGGAAAACAGUCUUUAUUACCAGAUACAUCAAACCUCUGAAUCCACCACAGGAGCUCCUCAGUGCACACCCUAAUAAUGCUCAGCGAACAGCAGAGUUGGUGGCUCGAUACGUUGCUUUGAUUCCUGUCUUGCCAGAUAGCGUAUCGUUUGCUGGAAUCUGUGACUUAUGGAGCACAUCAGAUCAAUUCCUUGAUCUUUUGGCUGGUGAUGAGGAAGAACAUGCUGUGCUCUUAUGCAAUUAUUUUCUUGGUAUAGGCAAAAAAGCCUGGCUUAUAAUUGGAAAUGCUAUCCCUGAGGGACCAACCACAUAUGUACUUACUUGGGAACAAAAUCAGUAUGUGAUAUGGAAUCCUAGUACUGGACGUUUUUAUGGACAAUUUGAUACUUUCUGUCCACUUCAAAAUGUGGGCUGCUUGAUUAGCUCUGAUAACAUCUGGUUCAAUGUUCAGCAAUAUGAUUCCCCAGUAAGGAUAAAUUUUGACAUCAGCAAACCCAAAUUAUGGAAGCCUUUCUUUUCAAGACACUUACCAUAUCCUGGCCUCUCGAGCGUUCAGCCUGAAGAAUUAACUUACCAGCGGGCAGACAAAGCUGCUGCUUUAGAACUACAGGGCAGGAUUGAAAAGAUACUAAAAGAGAAAAUUAUGGAGUGGAGGCCCAGGCACCUCACUCGUUGGAACAGGUACUGCACCUCCACGCUUCGUCAUUUCCUGCCUCUCUUGGAACAGAACCAAGGCAAAGACAUAGAAGAUGAUCACCAGGCAGAACUGCAAAAACAGCUGGGAGAUUACAGGGUCUCAGGGUUUCCCAUUCAUAUGCCAUAUUCUGAAGUGAGACCUUUAAUAGAAGCUGUACACAGUACUGGAGUUCACAACAUUGAUGUUUCAAAUGUGGAAUUUGCUCUUGCUGUUUAUGUCCAUGGUUAUCCAAAAAAUGUUCUCUCUGUAUGGAUUUACAUUGCUUCACUAGUACGUAAUAGAUAACAGGAAGUUAAAGCAGAAUAAAAUCACAGCUAAAAGGUAUCAGCCCCACCAAAGAAAAGCUUUGCUAUGAAAAAUCAUUAUAUGAAGUAGUACUUAACAAAAUCAUCACUUCCUUCCAUUUGUGCAGGUUGGGGGGGGGGGGGGUCCUUCUCUUCCCUUCUCCCCAGUACAGUAAAAAUGCAUUCUUUAGUUCUUGUAUACCUGUGAGAGUAAGUUGCAAAGACCAAGAAAACCUAGAUGAUAUAGAGGCUUAAAAUGCCAAUAACCCCUGGAAAGUUUUCUACACUACUUUGUCCCAACCCUGUUACUGUGAGAGCUGCUGCAAUGGUGGAAGAUUUCUCCCCAGAAAUGCCAAUAUAGGCAUGAUUUUUUAACCCCUUCCCUCCCCACUACUUUCUGGCCUUCUAUCCAGGCCUCAACAAAAAGGACAUGAUUAGUGAAGAAGUAUAGCUAGUAAAAAUUAACACUAAAGCUUUACUUCCCCAGGGAUUCCGCCUCAGUGGCUCCAAAACUGAUCUCCAAUUAAAUUAUUUUUCAGUUAAGAUACUAAUGAAUAUUUGGGGCCCGAUUCUCUUCUUGCACUUCAGUGACUCAACUUCAGUAGAGAUAUUUCAAGUUUACACAAGUUUUUUAAUGAAAGGACAGACUGUUCUCACACGUUAUUUCAGCAGACUGGCAAGGCACAUGUUGAACAGCUUCAUACACAACGAGAAGCCACUGAUGAGAACAGAACUGUGGCAUCUUUCACAAAAACAGAAACCAGAGACUUCCUUCUCAGGCUUUGGUGCUUUAAGACCAGAAUCAAUGGUAUCUGUUCUAUUAAGACUCUGAGGUUGUCUGAAUAUAUAUUAAUUUGUAUAUGUGAAAAAUAAUAUUUUACUAUUUAUAUGUAUUUAUAUAGUUUUACUUUCUCUGUUUAACUAUUUUAUGUACUUUUAACCUAAAAAAGUAAAUAUAUUUUAUCACAAAAGCCA